GUCAAUCGAUGUGUCACUGCGGUGGUGAAAAACAGUGCGAAAUUUUUAAAGCGAUAUUUUUUGUGGAUUUUCUUUGUAAAAAUGUGCCCAGAAGUGUCUCAAUUAUAGCAAAAAAUCACCAGUUGUAUCCUAGGAAGAGAAUAGACCUAGUGAAAAGCCAGUUAAUUGGGUGAAAAGAGAGGAAAGUCUGGCCAAAUCAGCCACCGUAUUUGCAUGUGUGAAAAAACUCUCUGAAGCGCCAAUAUUCAUUGAAAUUCAUCUUCAAGAGCAUCUAAGGUCUGUCGAUUAAUUAAAAGGUAGAGUAUUUGCGACAAACAGUGCGCAAAAGAUGUCUUACGAUCAACAGAAGCAGCAGCAGCAGCAACAGCAAAUGUACCACGGAAUGCCAAAUGGCGUGCCACCACAGAUGGAGGCUAGAGUGAAUGCAAAUGGGGCCCAGCAGUACUAUCCAUCGCCUGGCAGUAAUCUUCCAUAUAUGCCACCUCAGCCAAUUCCGGCCAAUUUGACUACUCCGGUGAUGGCACAAAAGAUGCCACCGCAUAUGAAUUUGGUUAAUGGCAGUGGUACGUCCACAAGAACAGCAUCUCCGGCAUUUGGUGGUAAUAUCCCACCGUCUCAGCUGCCACCGGCUCCGAAUCCCAAUCUUCAGGCACCUCCUGGAGGCAAUGUGGGUACGUGGAAUGCCCAAAGGAUGCCACAGAGUGCCAAUACAGCCACUAGUCAGAGUAAUGUCAACAACAAUGUUACCACAACUCGGAGCAUUCCUCCAGUACCCUCAUUUGCCCCCCUUAAAACGUCUACGCCCAAUCAAUCUUUCAAUUUGGCCACAAAUAUGCAAAAUAUGUCACUCAACUCCAAUUACCCUGCACCUGUGCAGCAGGUACCGUCGCCAGCAGCCCAUCGGCCGCAGGGUUUCAAUACGCAACCGUUCAAUGGACAAAGUCAUCAGCCACAGCAACCGCUACAGUAUCAAAAUCAGCAACAGUACCAACCCCAAGUGCAUCCCUAUGGCAAUAAUGUGGCCAGUCUGGGUGCAACACAUGCGGGAUUCAAUCGAUUAUGGGGCAAUGAAUCCGUGGAUUUGCUCGAGAAUAGGCACAUCUUGCCACCGGAGAAAGUUCAACCGCCGACCAUUAGGCUCAAUCAGCAAUUUCAAGAAUCAGUCAAUUGCAGUCCUGACAUUUUUCGGUGUACUUUGACCAAAGUACCAGAAACGAAAGAGUUGCUAAACAAGACAAGACUUCCUUUAGGCAUUCUGAUUCAUCCAUUUAGAGACCUGAGUAAUCUACCGGUUAUUCAGUGCUCCACAAUAGUGAGAUGCCGAGCAUGUCGCACAUACAUAAAUCCCUUUGUUCACUUUGUGGACUCCAAGAAGUGGAAAUGCAAUUUAUGCUACAGGGUCAAUGAAUUACCCGAUGAGUUUCAAUAUGAUCCGGUGAGUAAGACGUAUGGUGAUGUGACACGUCGUCCGGAGGUGAGAUCCAGCACAAUUGAAUUCAUCGCUCCCAGUGAGUACAUGUUGCGUCCACCGCAACCUGCCAUUUAUCUCUUCCUGCUGGAUGUGUCCAAUAUUGCCGUCCAGUCGGGAUAUUUGAAUACAGUCUGUGAUACACUGAUGGAACACCUGGACAAUUUGCCGGGCGAUGUGAGGACACAGGUGGGCUUUAUAACAUUCAGCAGUACUGUGAAUUUUUAUCAUUUGGCCGAGGGUUUCAAUCAGCCGCAUGAGAUUACGGUAUUGGACAUUGAUGAUGUCUUUUUGCCAUGUCCGGAUAAUUUGCUGGUGAAUCUCAAGGAGUGCCGGGAAUUGAUUAAGGAAUUGCUGUUACAACUUCCAAAACGAUUUUCUGGUGUGCAUGAGCCAAAAUCAGCUCUAGGUGCUGCACUUCAAGCGGCUUUUAAGUUGAUGGGUCCUUCGGGGGGGCGUGUAACGGUGUUUCAGGCAUGUUUGCCAAAUUGGGGCCCUGGAGCCCUUCAGUCACGUGAAGAUCCCAAUAAUCGUAGUUCCAAGGAGGUAACACAUCUUGGUCCAGCCACAGAUUUCUACAAGAGAUUGGCCCUAGAGUGUUCAGGACAGCAAAUUGCUGUUGAUUUGUUUCUAAUGAACAGCCAAUACAGUGAUCUGGCCACAUUGUCGGGUAUCAGUAAAUUCAGUGGUGGCUGUAUUCAUCAUUUUCCGCUGUUUAAUCAGGGAAAAGCGCAACAGGUGGAAUCUUUCAAGAAGUGCUUUGAGCGCUAUCUUACACGAAAGAUUGGUUUUGAGGCUGUGAUGAGGGUUAGAUGUACCCGAGGUCUGGCCAUUCACACAUUCCACGGCAAUUUCUUCGUGAGAUCCACGGAUUUGCUGUCACUGCCAAAUAUCAAUCCUGAUGCAGGAUUUGGCAUGCAGAUCGUGCAUGAGGAGAGUUUGUCGGAUCUGCGGAGUGUGUGCUUCCAGGCGGCAUUGCUGUACACAAGUAGCAAGGGUGAAAGGAGGAUUCGGGUGCACACACUUUGCUUGCCAGUAGCUGUCAAUCUCACGGAGAUUCUCUAUUCGGCUGAUGUGCAGUGCAUGGUGGGACUUCUGGCUAAGAUGGCUGUAGACAGGUCUCUAACAGCGUCUGUGGCAGAUGCCCGGGAUGCCCUUAUAAAUGCCACAGUUGAUGUACUCUGUGCAUUCAAAGUGGCACAGAAUCUCCCGUCUGGGCUGACAGGGCAAGUGGUAGCACCACAAAAUCUUGCCCUUCUUCCACUCUACAUAUCGGCCCUUCUCAAGCACCCUGCUUUCCGUGUGGGAACGAGCACAAGACUCGAUGAUCGUGUCUUUGCCAUGUGCGAGAUGAAGAGUUUGCCGUUGGAUCAACUGAUAAGGUACAUCUAUCCAGACUUUUACAAUAUAGACAGCGUCUUUGAGAAUCCAACGGCAAAAGUGGAGCCGGCCAGAAUGCAGCUAUCAGCAGAAAAAUUGGAUUCUCGAUCAAUCUUCCUGCUGGACUGUGGAACACAAAUAUUGAUAUUUGUGGGAACCAAUGCUCAACCAAAUAUCGUAACUGGUGUAUUUGGUGUUCCGUCUGUUAAUGAUAUUCCGGAUUUGUUCUUUACGCUACAAAACACCGGAACACCCGAAAGUGAGGCAUUACAUGCAUUUAUUGAGGGUCUUAAUGAUGAAAAACCAUUUGCUGCAUCUAUUCAAAUUAUAAGAGAUUCAAGCAGCUAUAGGAGCCAAUUUACGGAGAAACUCAUAGAGGAUCGUGCAGAUAAUUCCCUCUCAUAUUACGAAUUUUUACAGCACUUGCGAUGCCAAGUAAAAUGAUUCUUUGUACUGAAACCACGAAAGAAAAGAAUAACAUUCAAUUACGACGAAGUUACUAUGAAUUAUUAGUGAAGUUUUAGUGGUUUAGAUUUAUUAAAAAAAAAUCUUCAAAGGAGUGAGAGGUAUGAAGGAGAAGUGUAAAGUGAAAAUGCCGUAGACGGUAUUUUUCGGAUAUAGAGAAUGAUAGAAAGGAGAAGGAAAAGGACAGCAAAUAGAUGUGUAUAGAUGGAGAGAGGGGAAGAUGCAUAAGAGAAAAAAAAAUUAUAAAUUAUAUUGACGGAGUCAGGUGAAUAGGAAAGAAAGAAAAAAUGAUAGUUUUUAAUUUUCAUCAACUCACAACAUCGCAUUUUGUUUUGUUAUCCAUUGGACGUAGAUUUUAAGGAUGGUGAUGAAGAGAAAACCAAAAGAAUAAUGAACAUUAAACACGCGAGAUCAGACAUUUCUUUUUUUUUUAUUUUUCAUGAACAUUGCAUCGUGUACAGAUUUUUUUUUAAAUAAUUUAAUAAAUCAAUUUUUAAACAUUCAAUUCAUAAAAUGCCCAAGAGACACUUUUCUUUAAAACACUGCAAAUGAUUUUUUGUUUCUACACAAUGUCAUUCGGAAUUGUACAUUCUUAAUUUUUUUUUCUAAUUUACUUCAACAGAUGAUAGAAAUAUACAUUUUGUCAUGAAACAUUGAUAAAGUGUUAUUUAAAAAUAUUAAAGAGACAAAGUUUAAAAUUGAUAUAUAUAACCUAUAUUGUCCUCAGUGUCUUUUUAAAAUGAAGAAAGAAGAAUAUAAAUUAAACUAAACCCUCUAUAAGCCAACAGAAAAGAAGAGAAGAAAAUGGAAAAGUGAUGCAAAGUAAUAGAAUGAUUAAAUAAAUGGCAUAAAUAGGCAAUAAAUCUCAUCGUCUUUUCACUCUUUUUUUUUGUUGAAAUUUCAUCCACAAACAUAGGUUUAUUUAACAUGUAAAUUUUUUAAAUUGUAUCCUCAAUGCAUUAGUCAUUUUUUUUAAAUCUUAUUUUAUUACAAUUAUACGUUUAAUCACUGUAAUCUAAAUUGAAUAAACAGCGCGAAAGGAAGUUAUAUUGGAAAAGGAAAAUGUAA